AUGUCCUCAUCGGACGCCAAAUUCGUUGCUCCCCUUUCCCAAGGGUUCGGCUAUGGCAUCAUCAUUGGGCUGGGAUUUGCUUUCGCUCUGGUGAUGAUUUUCAUCACAUGGGCCUUGAAAAGAUAUCAGCAUGAAGUCCAGACUUCGGAGAUGUUCUCGACCGCCGGAAGAUCUGUGAAAUCGGGACUGGUUGCUGCAGCCGUCGUUAGUAGUUGGACAUGGGCAGCAACCCUCCUCCAAUCCUCGGCGGUGGCCUACCAGUAUGGUGUUUCCGGGCCCUUUUUCUACGCUUCAGGUGCCUGUGUCCAGAUUAUAUUGUUCGCUACACUUGCCAUUGAGCUCAAAAGACGAGCUCCCAACGCGCACACCUUCCUAGAAGUCAUCCGGGCUCGCUAUGGCACUAUCGUGCAUCUAGUCUUCAUUGUAUUCUGCUUGAUGACCAACAUCCUCGUUACUGCCAUGCUACUCACUGGCGGCUCGGCCGUCAUGACUUCCUUGACUGGAGUACCCACAGCUGCUGCCUGUUUCCUACUCCCCAUUGGUGUCGUGCUCUAUACUCUUUUUGGUGGUAUCAAGGCAACGUUCAUUACCGACUAUAUGCACACUGUGGUCAUCAUUGUUGUGAUCUUCAUCUACGCAUUUUCCGCCUACGCGACGAACUCCGAGCUGGGAUCCCCCAGUAAGGUGUACGAUGCACUUGUUGCAGCCUCAGAGCGCCAUCCAGUCGAGGGUAACGCUCAAGGCAGCUACCUUACCAUGAGAUCCAAGGAAGGAGGAAUCUUCUGGGUCAUCAAUCUUGUCGGAAACUUCGGUACCGUGUUCCUUGACAAUGGAUACUACAACAAGGCCAUCGCUGCAAGCCCUGUUCACGCCUUCCCCGGCUAUGUUAUUGGCGGACUUUGCUGGUUCGCGAUCCCAUGGCUCUGUGCCACCACAAUGGGAAUCUCUGCGCUUGCUCUUGAAGGCACUCAACGGAUUAGUCCCGAUGACGUUACCGCCGGUCUUGUUCUGCCAUUCGCUGCUGUCAAGCUUCUCGGACACAGCGGCGCAGUGUGCACCACUCUCAUGGUCUUCAUGGCAGUUACAUCGGCUUUCUCGGCUCAGCUGAUCGCUGUCUCCUCAAUCGUCACAUACGAUGUCUACCAGGCGUAUAUUAACCCUGCUGCCAAGGGCAAGAGACUCGUAUGGGUUUCUCACGUGUCUUGCAUAAUCUUCGCUAUCAUCAUGGCCGCCUUUGCAACGGGUCUCUACUACGCUGGAAUUGGCAUGGGCUAUCUUUAUCUGCUCAUGGGUGUCAUCAUCUCCUCUGCUGUCUUCCCAGGAGCUAUGACUCUUGUCUGGAAAGACCAGAACUGGAUCGCUGCCGCCAGCUCUCCCGUCCUAGGUCUUGCCGUGUCACUCAUUGCCUGGCUAGUGACUGCGAAGAAGGAAUAUGGAGAGCUCACAGUCGCAAGUACUGGUUCAAACUACCCCAUGCUUGCUGGUAAUGUUGCAGCUUUGCUGAGCCCCAUCAUUUUCUCACCUGUUCUCACCUACGCUUUCGGCACCCAGAAGUACGAUUACGAGUCAAUGCGUGCUAUUCGCAAGGUCGACGACACCGACGUUGCAGCCGCUGCACACGUCGAUAUAGAACUUAUCCCCGGCGAAGUCACCGUGCACAACGCCGAGGCAGAGGCCGAGGAAGAGCGCAAGCUGAACAAGGCCGCGUUCUACUCCCGGACACUGACCAUCGCCAUGGUAAUUUGCUUCCUGCUCUUAUGGCCGAUCCCAAUGUACGGCUCGUCAUACGUCUUCAGCAAGAAGUUCUUCACGGGAUGGGUGGUGGUUGGCCUGAUCUGGCUUUUCUGCACAACUUUCGGUGUUGUUAUCUUUCCUCUCUGGGAAGGUCGUGAGAGUAUCAUCCGCACCGUCAGACUCAUGGCUCUCGAUGCCCAAGGCAGGAGACCCGCUCUUGUUGGGCAAGCGUCCAAGGAAAGUGAAGAUACACCCUCUGGCGCUGCGACGCCAACGGAAAAGAUGCCGACAAAGUCAGAUGCUUGA